ACCAGUGCAGCAGCAGCUGCUGCUGCUGAUAAUGAAGCAGCAGCAGCAGCAGCAGGAGACCAAGGGCCGCUGAAGCGAACGGCCUUUGAUGCCAAACUCAACGCAGCGAAAAACAAGCAGCUAAGGCUGGGCCAGCUGCUGCCGCAGCGCGUCCUCAGACGAACUGCAGCACGUGCUGCUGCUGCUGCUGCUGCUGCUGCUGGAGGGGGUAGGGGGCUCCCCCUGAGGGGCCCCUUAGCGCAUCUGCGGCUGUGGCAGCAGCAGCAGCAGCAGCUCGAGGUCCACGUACACCCCAACGCCCUGCAGUUCCUCAGGAGCCGCGGGACUGACCCAACCAGCAGCAGCAGCAGCAGCAGCAGCAACAGCAGCAGCAGCAACAGCAGCAGCAGCAGCGUACGUGUGAGGGGGUAUCUGCGCUGGUUCGACCCCAAUUUGACUGUGCUGCUGCAGCCCGCGGAGCUGCUAGAAGAUGGCCCCCAGCAGCAGCAGCAGCAACAGCAGCAGCAGCAGCAGCGGCAGGCUCUAGAUGGCAGUCUCUAG